AUGAAGAUUUACGAUACCAAUAGCUUCGAUAUUGUCGGCGACAAACCGGAACGCACAAAUUACAUUUACCACUUUGCAUCACGCAUUAAUCACGAGUGUCUCCCUAACAUGGCUCGAGGAAAUACCAAGAAUGGAGAUUUGGUCUUUAGUGCUGUACGGCACAUCAAGCGAGGUGAGGAAUUGACUACAUUCUACCAGGAAGCUUUUGGCACUACCCUCGCUCGCCGAAAGAUCUUAUCAUCUAAAUAUGGAUUUACAUGUAUGUGUAAUGCUUGUAAAAACAACAAGGUCCUCAGCCUAUAUGGUGAGACUUUGAAAUAUGCUCCUUGGGUUAUGGCCAACGAAAGUGGAUCUGAGGUUCUCAACAAGCCAACUAUGGAGGAGAUGCAAACCGCGAAGCAAGUCGAAAGCUGCUUCGAGGGUGUGUCCCAAGCAGCAGAAAAUGUUGGACAUGCUAUGACGAUCGCUAUCGGCAAAAAUCUUUUGCGAGGCCAAAGCACCCAGGAACGACGACACCUUAUUGUUAGAAAUACAGUACAGACGUUUGACGAUUAUUUGCGAAAGAACAACCCUUAUGGAUUGAGCGAUGAGGUUAUCUCUGCCUACCGAUACCGAGCAAAUAUUUCAACUUUAAGAGCUGCAAAGCAAGUUUUCAACAACAUGGAGAGGAAGAUGGGAAUCUCUCCGGAAGAAUUCUGA